GUUCGUUCAAUAGCAAGGGAGCGGCAUUACGCGUAUAGCGGCGAAGAAAGUUUCUGUUGUGCGGUGUGGUGUAACGUUCUGUGAAAUGGCAUCUUAUGAGUUUAUUACGUUAUUACUGUGUUUAACAACGAAAGUAUGGGGUCAACGGACACCAACAAUCUCUCACAUAACACAAGAGCAAAUCAGAGACAUCGGCAGCCAAGUUGAUUUAGAGUGUUCCGUGCACUACGCACAAGAAUAUCCUGUGCUAUGGUUAAGAUUCGACCGGACCAAAACAACUGAAGCUCUACCUCUAUCAUACAACUCUGGCCUCAUCAUAAGAGACUCUAGGUUCUCCCUGCGAUAUGACGCCGCUUCUGCCACAUACACUUUAUCUGUCAAAGACAUUCAAGAGACAGACGCUGGCUGGUACCAGUGCCAGGUCAUCAUCUCCGCCUCAAAUAAGAUAACUGCUGAAGUGGAACUUCAAGUCAAGACACCGCCCAUUAUUUCUGAUAAUUCUACAAGGAAUCUUGUCGCCAGCGAAGGGGAAAGUGCUGUGAUGGAAUGCUACGCUGGCGGUUUCCCACCGGCUAAGGUCUCAUGGCGGCGAGAAAACAACGCUAUAUUGCCUACUGGAGGAUCUAUCUACAGAGGCAACACAUUCAAAAUCGCUGCUGUCCACAAAGAAGAUCGUGGGACCUAUUACUGCGUAGCCGAAAACGGUGUCGGCAAGGGGGCUAGACGAAACAUCAACUUGGAGGUCGAAUUCGCCCCUGUUAUAACUGUGCCCCGGCCGAGACUUGGACAGGCUCUUCAAUACGACAUGGAUUUGGAGUGCCACGUGGAGGCCUACCCUCCUCCGGCCAUCAUCUGGCUGAAGGGAGAGUUCCAGCUCGCUAACAACCAGCAUUACAGCAUCUCCCACUUCGCCACAGCGGACGAGUUCACAGACACCACACUGCGCGUCAUUACUAUUGAGAAGCGACAGUACGGGAUGUUCACAUGCAAGGCUACCAACAAACUUGGGACUGAUGAAGGACAUGUGGAACUAUUCGAAACCAUAAUCCCGGUGUGCCCACCGGCCUGCGGACAGACGAGGUACGGCGGUGGAGCCGCCUCUAUCGCGCCAUCGGCUAUCCUCUUCUGUGGAGUGUACGCUGCACAGGUUUUAAGAAGAAUCGCCAAUCCCCGAUAUUAACUACCCUGGCCUGCGUCCUGAUCCGCUGUAUUACGGGACAUACAACGGAGCGAAGGACACACACGCAAACAUACACAUAUCCAUGCUAGUUAUCUUCUAUUUGUUCAAGUGAAUGUCAGCUGAGCAUAUACCUGAAAAGUUGAAAUUAGCUUAAGACGUAGAAUACAGCCAAGAUCAAAAAUAUGGGUGUUCAAAAAGUUUUAAAAUAAGUCCUUUUUAAAAAACCGACAAUUUAGCUAUUUGAGCUACUUUUGUACACCUAUAUUUUUAUAUUUGACUGUACUUCAGUUGAAAAAAAUUGUAGUAGAAAUUAGGUCGACACAUUAACAUAAAAAAACGCUAGACCGCUCAUCCCCUUGGGCCAGCACGUUACUCAAUCGCUGAGUAUUUUUGUAGCGACAUCUAUCGGCAAGUAGCGAAACUAUAGAUGUUGUUACUUAAAACUAGAUGUCGCUCAUAGUAACUCUAUAUGUAUUUUAGGUUUCUAUGAGCAAUUUUAUCGUUUGAACCUAUUGAGGUAUACAUACACAUAAACGAUAGCACUAAAUUGUAGUUUGACCCAAUGUUUAGUUUAAAAGUAUAGAACUGUAGAUAUUUUUUGUAGAAUCUCAAAUGCAAUAACACGAAUAACUAUAUUGUUAAGAAUAAAAACAUCACAAUUGGUAGCUAAUAUAAAUUUAAUG